UUUGAAGGUUACCUGAACAACAGCGUGCUACUUCUCCUCUGCUGCUUUAUCUCUUGACUAAAUAAUUACUUUUUAUGGCUCCCAUCAGGUCUGAAAGGCAGAAAAAGCCAUACACUCGUCCUCGAGGGUCCGAUGGUCAUUGGGUCCACGACCGAGCUCCUCUGCAAUCAGCAAAAUCAAAUGCACCAGCCAGCACCCCUUCAAACACAAAGCUCAUCGUAUCCAACCUGCAUUACGAGAUCACGCCUAAAGACUUGGUGUCCAUUUUCGGACAGAUAGGCACGCUCGUUCGCGAGCCAUUGAUCAGGUACGACCGCAGCGGACGCUCAUCUGGUGUGGCAAUUGUGUCUUUCGAGACACCCUUGCAGGCAACGCGUGCCAAAAGACAGUUUGAUGGUAAACUUGCCAAAGGACAACCUAUGGAAAUCGCAUUCGACACCGCGCCUCUGCGAACAUCCUCGCUCUUGAGUAGGAUUGAACGACCUUCGUUGGCGCAGCGCUUGAGUGGCGGUGCUGAACCGAAACAGCAGGGAGGCGCCGGUCCGACUCGCACUCGCCCACCACGAUCUGUAAGAGCUCCCCCAUCAUCAUCGAAGACUAAGGCUCCGAAGCCUACGCGAUCCAAAGCCCCCACAGCGGAACAGCUUGAUCAAGAACUUGAUGUUUUCAUGGCUGAUGACAAAGGUGCUGCGAGUAAUGGAGUCAGGAAGGCAGCUAUUGCUGUAGAUGAUGUUGAGAUGGCGUGAUCUGUUGGGUUCGUGUCAAGUUUCUGUACAUAUUAAAUGUAUAUGCUAUUAUAUCUCGUGCUAGUUACAUGCUUUUAGUGUUCUGAAUAAGUUUUGAAAGAUUCAUUUUUCCUCCAUGCAUACCAGGUUGG